AUGACCAGCACGCUCAGUUAUCCUUACGCACGGUCUCGUCUCAUGCGGACUGUUUACAUCCGGCUGAAGGAUGAUGAAAAACAUCGAAAUAGCAAACACACAUAUUGGUACGAAAUCGACUUAAACAGGAUUCCUGAUGAUUUACAUUUAAAGUUUUACCAAUUGUACCAGGACGAUGAGACUGAAGAAUUUUUGGAAAUCUGCUAUGAAAAAGCUGAUUGGAUUUUCACUCAAAUUUGGAAUGCUUUAGCCCGAUCACUUCUUAGUUGGUUUAUGUCAAACACUUCAAUAAAUGGUUACUUGAAAAGAGGCUCCAUGUUUGUUUAUUCUCAGGCACAAUUUCAAAAAUUAUUAGGCAUUGAUGAUUUCUGGCUGAGUGAGAAUUUAAUAGACUUAGGUGCUGGAGAUGGGAUGGUUACAAAGAAAAUGGCCAGUCACUUCAAAAAUGUCUUUGUUACUGAAGUCUCUCAUCAGAUGCAAUAUCGACUUGCAGAAAAUGGAUUCACUGUUAUUGACAUUGAAAGUUGGGCAAAUGGUCAUCUAAUUUAUGACGUUAUCAGCUGCCUGAACCUGCUUGACCGCUGCAAUUAUCCAUUAAAUAUCUUGAAACAGAUAAAGGCUACUCUUCGACCAGAGACGGGGCGUCUAGUGGUGGCCCUCGUUCUUCCAUUCAGUGCCUACGUUGAAGAAAAUUCUGUUGAUCAUAAACCUGCUGAAAAACUUGGAAUUCAAGGAAACACAUUUGAAGACCAAACAACUGACAUAAUUAAUAAUGUUUUCAAACCUCUUGGUUUUGAAUUGGUGACAUUCUCUCGGGUCCCUUAUUUGUCAGAGGGUGAUCUCUCCACUUCUUUUUAUGUUCUUCAUGAUGCCAUUUUUGUGCUGAAAGUCGCCAAUAAUACAACACAAUCCUGA